GAAGGGAGGUAGUGCAAAGUCAUCCUAGUUUUUUUUCCUUUUUAUCUCUUUCCUCAUGGAUUCAAUUGAAUUAGAGUACAAUUCUUUACUCAUUUGCUAUGCUCUGUAUGACCAAUGGAACUGUACUCAGGGUUCUGAUAUAUGACCUUGGUGUUCCAAUUACAUGAACGAGCAAUUGACUUUAGAAGUCAAUAAACUUCUAAAAAAAGGAUUUCCCCCUAAUAACACUCACCGUUCUGUAGUAUUACCUGUUGGUCCUUGGAGUAACCAUUUUGUGAAUAAUAUGAGCAUUAAUCAGAUUUUGGGGAACUGAGCCUUGGUGUUCCAACCACGUGAAUGCCCAGGUCUACUUCCCUGUUGGAUAAUCUAUAAAAUGGCUCAAUUCAACAUCGGAUACUUGUUUUCAUCACAAUAAUGCACAUGCUCCUCACUUUUGGACUGCUGAUUUUCUGCUUUCAGGAUGCCUCUUCUACAGAUAUAUGUCAACUUCCCAGAGAAGUAGGAUGGUGCAAAGCUUCAUUUCCUCGUUUUUAUUUCAACACAGCAACUGGGAACUGUGAGGAAUUCAUUUAUGGUGGAUGUAGAGGAAAUAAAAACAACUUUGUAACUUUGGAUCAAUGCAAAACUAGAUGUGGAAUGUCUGAUAUAUGUACACUUCCCAAAGAAACAGGAUGGUGCAAAGCUUCAUUUCCUCGUUUUUAUUUCAACGCAGCAACUGGGACCUGUGAGAACUUCAUUUAUGGUGGAUGUAGAGGGAAUGCAAACAACUUCGCAACUUGGGUUGAAUGCAGAGCUAGAUGUCAAAGGGUAACAUGGACUCCAAUUCCAGAUCACACUGAUGGGACCCUUUGAGAGACGGGGUGGAUCCAGCAGCUGCGAAAGGAAUCCAAAGUUCCAUGGAGUCUCCCACUGAAACACCUUGCAUGCAUCUGAUUCUAAGCAUACUCUUAAAUAAACAUACACAUGCUUUGAACA